AUGGAUAAUGCAUGCAUUUGCAGGAUAUGGAGGACAGCAAAUAAGUGCAGUCUAAAGAGUUUGGGCAUAUGUACCGCUGCUAGAGCCCUUCUUAACCUUGAAGAAAUGUCUGGCCACAUUCCAGCUGUUGGCUAUGGAACCGGCCAUGGAGCUGGUGUUGGUGCUGGCUACGGUGGUGGUAGUGGAGGUGGGGGUGGUUCAGGUGGUGGAGGAGGAGGUGGUUAUGGAGCUAUAGGUGGGCAUGGUGCAGGCUAUGGAGGUGGCGGUGGAAGUGGGGAAGGUGGUGGUGCUGGCUAUGGUGCUGCUGGGGGACAUGGUGGUGGUGGCGGAAACGGUGGUGGUGGUGGAGCUGGUUAUGGUGCUGGAGGUGAGCACGGUGCAGGCUAUGGAGGUGGCGGUGGAAGUGGGGCAGGUGGUGGAGAUGGCUAUGGUGCUGCCGGUGGACAUGGUGGAGGUGGUGGAAAUGGUGGCGGUGGAGGAGCUGGUUAUGGUGCUGGAGGAGAGUAUGGUGCAGGGUAUGGAAGUGGUGGCGGUCAAGGUGGUGGAGCCGGAUAUGGUGCUGGCGGUGAACAUGGAGCUGGUUAUGGUGGUGGUGGAGGAGGAGGUAGUGGUGGGGGAUAUGGUGCUGGAGGUGAUCACGGUGCAGGGUAUGGAGGAGGAAAAGGUGGUGGUGCCGGGGGUGGAUAUGGUGGCGGUGGAGAAAAUGGGGGAGGCUAUGGAGGUGGUGGUGGAAGUGGUGGUGGUGGUGGAGGCGGCUAUGCUUCUGGAGGGGCGCAUGGAGGUGGAUAUGGUGGAGGAGAAGGAGGUGGUCAUAGUGGUGGAGGCUAUGCCGGCGGCGGGGGAGGAGGCGGUGGCUCUGGAGGGGGUGGCGGUGGCAGUUAUGAUGCUGGUAGUGAGCAUGGAGGUGGAAGCCAAGGUGGAGGCCAUGGCGGUGGGUAUGCUCCCUGA